GCUGAGGAGGAGUUGGAGAGGACCCAGAAGGUAUUUGACGAGAUCAACGUGGACCUGCAAGAAGAGCUGCCUUCCCUCUGGAACAGUCGUGUUGGGUUCUAUGUGAACACCUUCCAGAGUGUGGCUGGGCUGGAGGAGAAGUUCCACAGGGAGAUGGGCAAGCUGAACCAAAGUUUGUAUGAUAACCUGAUAAAGGUUGAAAACCAGGAGACCAGAAAAACAGGUGGCCGCGGGGCAAGGACGACGCCGGCAAGUACCAGGAGUGGGCCGGACGGGGCUAAUCACACCCUGGGUGUCGGACCUCCUCCCAUUCCCAAGUCUCCAUCUAAGCUGCGGCCAGCGGUGCCCCCGCCACCCAAGGUCACCCCAUCCAAGGAGAUGAAGACCGAGAACAUCAUCAACCUCUUUGACGAGGCAUCCACACCCAACAUCAGUGUGACCUCCCCGACACAGUUCGAUGCUCCUGGUGCAGGCAACCUGCUGGACAUGGACCUGGACUCUCUCUCUGCUAUCAGCCCAGGAGCCGCCAUCGCCACUAGCGCCGCCCCCAAGGAGGAAAACUGGGAUUCUUGGGAGCAAGACGAGUCCCAGCAGCCCGCAGCGGCGGCGGUGGUGGCAGCUGUGGACUACACUAACCCCGACUGGGGCGACGACCCCACCAAUCCCAACUGGGGCGAUGAUGACCCUACCCAGCCCAACUGGGACGAUGACAAACAGGCCCAGCAGGAGGAUCCCACCCAGUCCGACUGGGGCAAGGACGAGCCUGCCCCAGACACGGGCUACGACGAAGCAGCCUCCGCUGCCGCUGUCACGGCCAUCAGCGACGAAGGUGCCGUGGACGAAGGUGCCGCCGAUGAAGGUGGCUCCGCAGAGGCCACUGACGACGGCACCGCCGCUCAGCCUGUGCAGGAAGACGGGGAACAGCAGGCUGUGGAGACUCCAGAAGUUGCCCCUGCAGCAGAGCCUGCUGCUGCUGCUGAAGCUGCUCCACCAGUGGAGGCUACUGAAUCUGCAGAUGCUGCAGAGAUGCCUCCUGGAUUCAUCUUCAAAGUCAUGACCAUGCAUGACUAUAACGCCAACGACUCUGAUGAGCUUGAGCUGAAAGCAGGGGACGUGGUGCUGGUGAUGACCUAUGAUAACCCAGACGAGCAGGACGAUGGCUGGCUGAUGGGUGUGAGGGAGAGUGAGUGGCAGAAGACCAAAGACCUGUCCACUAAAGGCGUGUUCCCUGAGAACUUCACCCAGAGACUGUGAGCCCCAGCCUGAGGCCGCUCUGCCCACACCCAUGCCAACACUGCACGCAACGAGUGGCGACCAGGCCAGACACGCCCCAGAAAUCUGACCCAUAUGUCCUGUUGUGUCCUGCCCCUGCUCCUAUUUCAACCACCCUCAUGAUGCCCCACUGAAUUCUGGGAUUGAUUUGAUUUUACAUCCUUACCCACUGACUGUUGAAAUGCUUGAGUUACAUACCAGGGGAGUGAUUGAUCGAUCGAUUGAUUGAUUAAUUGAUUGGUUGGUUGAUUGGUUAACUGGUUUGUUAAUAGGUUAAUUGAUUGAGUUUUACAUUUACAGAAUUCACAUUGCCAUCUGUAACUAGAGUGAAGUGGAUUCCACAGUCCAUAGCCCUUCGUACAAUCCAUCACAGCUACAGCUGCUGUUGUCUGCUUGCUCAAAUAUCCACGUCUCUGUGCGUGUUUGUCUAUGUCCAGACACUGACUCAGUCUGGCAUAUUAGGAAGCGUUAAAACUGUGAUGUCAUGGGAGAUAGUUGGAUGGACCAUCCCCUGAGCCCAUGCUGGUCACAGGAAGUGAUGUGAUUGCUUUGUCAUGCUUUUCUUUUGUCAUUUCCAUGAAUUUGCAUUUGCAGAGUUGCACGGGUGUUACAGAAAUUGUGAUGUUGUUAGUGUAGACCUUCAUUCCUCUAACCUUUGGAAAACCCAUAAGAUAAUACACUUGAAACCUCUCCCAAUACCUGAUGGCUGUGCAGUGUAGAGUUGAAAGAUAAUAUAUUUAUUUAUUUAUUUAUUUUGUUCUUAUUUAUUUAUAAUCUGUUCAUACCACAGACUAGGCUACCAUUUGGAUAGGGCAGAUUCAUAAAGGCAAACAAGUGCAUAUAAUAUCUAAAUACAACACUGAAUGUGGAGUAUACUUGUGGGUGUGACUGUGACUAGUAGAAUGAAUUGGGAAACAAAUAAGCUAAUCAUCUCAAAUUCAUUUCAGCCGCAAACAAAGUCAGCAAGCUCCACUGUACAAACAAACAAGGUCAGAAAGCUCCACUGUACAAACAAACAAACAGCAAACACUAUAAAUCACGUUUCCAGAGAUGUAUUUAUGCAAUAUUGUCAAUACAAGUUCUACAUGUCGUGUGUAUUCCUAUGUGCCGAACCUCUCUGUGAGGAAUAAGCAGUUUCAAGCAAGUAUCUGAGUGUGUGUGUGUGUGUGUGUGUUUGUGUGUGUGUUUGAGAGCUGCAGAUGUGCACACCAACUGCUGGAGAGUCUGUGAGUCUGUGAUGUGUGUGUGUGAGGCGUGAAUCCGACAAGUUCAUUUCACAUGUUUCCAAAUAUUGUGAUAACUGAUAUGCAUUACAGUCAACCUAACUAUAUUCUAUUGUAUGGAUUUUAAGUUUUAAGAACAGGUUUUUUAUUUAUUAUUUUUGUACAUGGUCCAAGUAUGAAUUGUUGAUAUCAAUAUCUAUCUGUGAAAUAUGUGAGGAAGUGUGGUGGGGAGUGGUCAUUUCUAUGUGCCAUGACAGUGUGCUUUCUGACCCUAUGGUAGCGUUUGACCCAGAUAAUGUCAAUGCUUUACCUUCUCUCUGUGUGAGGCAUUGUUUUGUAACUUAUAACCUAUCAACCCCUUUACAUUAUACCCCUCUCCCCAUCCGGUGUUUAUGUUUAUCUCCCUAUGGUUGCCAUGGAAACCUGAGGCCUGAUCCAAGGCUUUUUUCCCCUCUUAAUUCCCUGCCAGUCGUUAACUUUCAUCCAUAGAAGAGAUUAAUUAUCAGACUACCAUCUUAAUACCACCUACCAGUAACAGUAAAGCUGUGAGGUAAUUGUGUGUGUGUGAGAUAAAGGGAGAGAGAGAGAGAUUGAGGUGGUGUAUGUUUCUGUAUGUGUGUGUCUGCUUGAUUUUAUAUCAACCAAUUUCAGCUUUUUAAAUCAGGUGUGUCACUGCUUCUCAGAUGUUUUUGAUCUCAAAAGGAGACGCGGUGAGACUCAGUGCAACUUUAAAGCUGCUGUAGCACACCCAUGUGUAGAGUACCUGGGCUAGCUGACGGUUAGCUUUACAUUCAUGUGUAGAGUACCUGGGCUAGCUGAUGGUUAGCUUUACAUUCACGUGUAGAGUACCUGGGCUAGCUGAUGGUUAGCUUUACAUUCAUGUGUAGAGUACCUUGGCUAGCCAAUAGCUAGCAUUCAAAUAGCUAUCACAAUGCUAGAUUAUUACUUAAUAUGUGAUGUCUUAGCGAUACUCCUGGGCUAUGCAAUGAACGACUGAAAUUGCAACCCUGUCUGGCUGUAUUAACCAAUCAGGAUGCUUCUGAAAAGACAGACAUCCCAGCCAUCCAAUGAUUUGAUGUGUUAAAUGGAAGGGGUGGAUUCCGGGUUGAGAAUUAAGGGUAGGAAGUUACUAAAAAUACAAACUUUGCCUAUACAACAGCUCUAAGCAGUGUUGACAAAGCAAAAUAACAAUAAAAACAACUGCUUACUUUGUGUUUAUUUGGUAAAAUAAAUCUUAUUGUGUCUGUACCAGCAGAUGUCAUUGCUUUUGGACAGACCAUAUCGACAUCUCUUACAAAUAUACACUAAUUACUAUGGGAAAAAAAACUAUUUAUUUUUCUUUGCUGGUGUUUUCGUGUUGGUACAUAUAAGUACUGUGGAAUUUGUGUCAUUUGUUAGGCUAUGUGUAAAUAGCAUAAAGCAGAUAAGUAUAACAUAUACCUGUGUACAUAUCUAUAGAAGUAUGAACGUGUCAGGUGCAUGCAUAGCCUCACAUUAAAGGUGUGUAUGUGUGUGAAUUUGUCCUCUCUGUAAUCUUUAUUUGUAUUUUUUAAUUUGUAUGUUUUGGGAACAUGGACGGGGACUGUCCUGUCCUGUAUUUGAAGCCAUGGGUGUUCCUCUCCACCUCUGUCAUCCUGUAAACACUGCGGUCCUAACAGUGCUAAUAAACAUUGGGGUCAACCCCACAAACAGA